AUGGCUUCUUGGGGCGGUGUGGAGGCGUUGCGAAGCGCUCUGCCAGCAGACAGAGCUGUCCAGCUUUUGGAGGCAGCCUACACCUUGCUGAAGCUCGAACCCAGCGUUCUUGACGUCAAUCCGACAGCCGCGGAAGCUACUGUGACAGUGGUUGGCGACACGCAUGGACAGCUCCAUGAUGUGCUGCACAUGCUGGAAGUUGCUGGGUACCCAUCUCCGUCAUCCUACUUCAUCUUCAAUGGUGACUUUGUGGACCGGGGUGCCUGGGGCUUGGAGGUGCUGGUGUUCUUGGCAGCGCUGAAGCUGGCGAUGCCUGACAGAGUGAUGCUGCUGCGCGGGAACCACGAGAGCUCCACCUGCACCCAGCUCUACGGCUUCCGCACUGAGGUCCUCAGGAAGUACGGCCAAGAGGGGCAGAGGGUGUACAGGAUGUGCAAGCAGCUCUUUGCUGUGCUACCGCUGGCAGCUGUGGUGUCGGGGGCUACGCUGGUGCUGCAUGGCGGCCUGUUCAGGCGACCUGUCACACGGCAGGUCCGGCCGGCGGGCCUGCCCCACCUGCCCAAGAAGCGCAAACGCAACGUGCCCAACAGGCUCACGCCGGGCCCGCCCAUGCUGGGCAGCUUGGAGGAUCUCCGCGCGAGCGGCAAGGGCGGCAUCGAUCCGAACGGCACUGGCACCUCGACGCUGGCCACAGAUGUGCUGUGGAGCGACCCUGUGGUCGAAGCCGGCCUGCGCCUCAACGAUUCCCGCGGCGUCGGCCUCAUCUUUGGUCCAGAGAUCACUCAGGAGUUUCUGGUGGUGAACGGGCUGCGGCUGAUCCUACGGUCGCAUGAGGGGCCGGACGCGCGCUGGGGCCGUGAGGACCUGCCGGGCAUGGGCGAGGGCUUCAGCAUCGAUCACGUCACCCCUGCCGGCUGCCUCAUGACUGUCUUCUCCGCCCCUGACUACCCCCAGUUCCAGGCGGAUGGGCAGGAGAGGUAUCACAACUUGGGCGCGGUGGCGGUGCUGACAGGGCCCACCUGGGACUCACCCUCAUUCGUGCAGUACGAGGCUGUGCACCCGCGGCCCGUGGUCGAUGCCACCUACGAGUACAAUGAUGUGCCGGGGUCGGAUGAGGAGAUGGAGUUGGGCGUUGCAGGAAGCGAUGUCAGUCUUGGCAGCGAAGGUAAUGCUGAUCACAAGUGUUUGGCGUAG